GGGAAAGAUAUAAACUUCCCGGCCGUCAGGAUUUGGGCAUCCAGAAGCCUUUUUGCCUUGCCGCAGCAGGGACGGGCGGGCGCGGAGCCGCCCCGCCGCCGCCGAGCGCGUCCGGGAGGUCGGGAUUCGGGUGCUUCUUGCCAAGGAUGAGCAGCAAAGAAGACCCGAGCAAGUGCUGCCCGGCCGCUGCUCCCGUCUCCAGUUUCACCAUCCAGUCCAUCCUGGGCAGCGGCGGCACCGACGGCCCCCGGGCGGCCGGCACCAAAGCUGCGGCUUGGCCCCCCCGCGCCAGGAACCCGUCCCUCUCCUCGGACGAAGAGGAGCCCGACGAGAGCUGGAAACACCGCGGCUGCUUCUGCCCCGAAGCUCACGGCCCCGCCGAAACGUGCCCCAAGCACCGGCCCGCCGGCUUCACCUGCCUCAGCAGCAGCAAGGGGAGCGGAGCGGCGGCGGGCAGCGCGGAGCGGCCGCCUUUCCUCUCGCCCUCACAGCAGGACUUUAAGGAGGAGAAGGAGAAACCGCUGGGACCCUCCUCGCCCUCCUGCGGGGACCGGCAGCGCGACGGCGGGGACCGGCAGGCCGGAGCCGCCAAGAAGAAGACGCGCACGGUGUUCAGCCGCAGCCAGGUGUACCAGCUGGAGUCCACCUUCGACAUGAAGCGCUACCUGAGCAGCUCGGAGCGGGCCUGCCUGGCCUCCAGCCUGCAGCUGACCGAGACCCAGGUGAAGACGUGGUUCCAGAACCGCCGCAACAAGUGGAAGCGGCAGCUCUCGGCCGAGCUGGAGGCCGCCAACAUGGCGCACGCCUCGGCUCAGACUCUGGUGGGGAUGCCGCUGGUGUUCAGGGACAAUUCGCUCCUCAGGGUGCCGGUGCCGCGCUCCCUCGCCUUCCCAGCGCCCCUCUACUACCCCGGCAGCAACCUCUCGGCCUUACCGCUCUACAACCUCUACAACAAGAUCGAGUACUGAGCGCCUCCCGCCCCGAUGGCGGCUCGGGGACGGGGGCUCCAGGCUGGGGGGCUCCUGGCAGGGGGGCUCCAGGCACAAAGGGUCGGGGCUGGGGGGGCUCCACGGCCCCUUCCCCAGCUCCGUUUGCCCCGGGGGAGCUCGGAGAGGGACAAAAUGGGGGGCCCCGACGGGGCGCAAGCGGCCUGACGCAGCCUCACGGCCCCUGUGUGUGCCCCCCCCACCUCCCCUCCCUCUCUCCGCCGUCCUGCCACUUGAAAAGAAAAUUAAUUAUUAAAAACUAAAAACUAAAAACUAAAAAAAAGCGUUA